AAAAAAAAAAAAGGAACUACAUAAGUGUUUGGCCACUUUUAACUGUCAAAUAAGAGAUAAGCUAUAAGCAACAGCUGCUAUUUCGAUUGGCCGGCAAACUUAGUCUCCGUUUCCACAUAAAUUUUUCAAUAAAACAAAUACAUGACCACCCAACCGCUAUCAAUCCCUUCAAUCAUUGGAAUUAAGAAAUCUGAUUAAUUUGCUGCCAUGACAGAUGUUCAACAGCUUAACAAUAUAUAAUAUAUCUCUAACACCUACGUGGAACCUCAUUAUUAAUGUACAUAUAUAUAUAUAUGUAUGCUAAUCAACAGCUAGCUAUAGUCUCUGCUCUCUCUCUAUCUCUCUCUCUCUCUCUCUCUAUAUAUAUAUAUAUAUAUAUAAUAAUCUAGUUUAUGCCCAAACUUAGUUCCAUCUUAUGUUGGAAUUUACUGAGCACGUUCUCAACAGAACAUCACUCUAUAUAUCUCCAUCAACAAUUUUACAAUUUUUCCUUGAUAUACCUUCUAUAUAUAUAUAUAUAUAUAUCGAUCAAGAAUAUAUUUUUUCCUUGAUCUUAAUUACCUUCUUUCAAAUAUGGCGACCCAACUCCAUGACAAAGUAGUUGAAGACGUAGAUGAUAUGGAAAAUGAAGAAACGGCAUCAGCAGCUUGUUGGAGUAGUGGCUGUGGUGGGUGUAUGCAGGGACUGUUUGGCUUCCGGUGGUGUAUGAAGAACAACAACAAUGGAUGUUCGAGAGCGUAUUUACUAGGAAGAAGACAAGGAGAAGAAGAAGAAGGAUUGACAGCAGCGGUGGUAAAAGAGACGUGGUUGGUCAAGAAAGCGAAAACGAUCAAAGAGGUUUCGGAAGUGUUGGCCGGGCCCAAGUGGAAGAACUUCAUUAGGAGCAUAAACAAGAAGAAGAAAAUGCAGUUUCAGUAUGAUCCUGAAAGCUAUGCGCUUAAUUUUGAUGAUGGAGUCCAUGUCCAAACCGAACCGGAUUCUGCUUACCUGAAAUUUUCUUCUCGAUAUUCUGCUGCUCCAGCACUGGGAAUCAACAUUAAACCCUAGCUUGAGCGUGCAGGGAUUAUUCUUGUAAUUUUGUUUAUUCAGUUUCUUUGUUUCUUUUUUUUUUUUUUUUUUUUUAGUUUUUUCCAUUUCAAAUUUUGUUAGAGAAAAAUGCUAGUGUGCAUUCAUAAUAUAUAUAAAUAU